GUAAAAUUGCGUAACUUUCAUCACCUAACCUAACCAAAAUAAAUAAGACUCGAAAGAAAAAUGGCCAUCAACCUCAGCUAAUUAACGGGUUUUGUAAGUAUGGAAGAAUCCGAAAAACAAACGGCUGAAGACUUAGACAAUGAUGACCAGUGGCUCUACGGGGAUGGAGAGCCUGAUGGUGCCGACGACUCCGAGGGAAAGGAUGAGGCAGAUGAAGCUCCCGCCGAAAAGAGUCCUGAGCCAGCUGAAGAGCCACCCGAACCCGCUGAAGCGGCUCCAACGGAGCCAACCGUCCCCAUAGAACCUUCUCCAAUAAACUAUCCAGACGAUCAAUUUGACGACGAUGGACCUCCUGGGGUGGAUGCACCAGAUGAGAAUGAUAACGAGGAGAUUGAAAAUGAAAGAGAAGAUGGAGAAUUGAAGCAAAACGGUGACGAUGAUGAGGAUCUGGAUGACGACAGUGAUGACGGCGUUAAUGUGGUCAUUGGAAAUAUCAAAACCACCACUUCAUAUCCAGCUCAACAGCAACAGCAGCAGCAGCAGCAACAACAACAACAGCAACAGCAUAGUAUUAAGCGAGGCGGCAUUUCGACAGCAAUCGUCGAUAAAAGCAAGCAAAUCCCACAGCCCGGUAAGUUCCAAAUUGAAGAAUUUGAGCAAAUUGGGACCAUCAAUGGGAUGUCGUCGUGCGACUACAAUUUGGAUAGUCUAGAAGAUAAACCCUGGAGAAAACCCGGCUCGGAUAUUACCGAUUAUUUCAACUAUGGCUUUAACGAGGACACCUGGAAAGCUUACUGUGAAAGGCAAAAGCGAAUUCGUAUUAACGAGUCUGGAGUCGGCAUUAUACCCUUGAAUUCCAUUGGCCUGCCAAGGGGUUCAAUGGAUAAUAAGUAUGGGAAUCAGAACUUCAUACAGCCCUUAUCUAGAUCAAUGGGAACACCCAUGCUGAAAAUGGGCGACUCUCCAAAGAUAAACACUAUUCAGGUGUUAACUGCCGAUAGAAGGGAAUACAGCCGGAAACCAGGUUUUCCAGAUGUAACUUUGCCGCCUCCCAUUAAUUAUCCCGAUCCGUUCAUUGGGCAAGCGGACUUUGGCUUCAACCCCGAACCCGAGCCAUUUUACGGCGGCGGGUAUGAACCCACGCAGGAUUCACAAUGGAUGGAGGGACAACCGAAUCCCAAUUGGCAACCGGUGGAUAUAAAAACAUUAGGAGGCGGAAGCCCGCCCAGGGGGGCCCACAUGAUGGGCCCUCCUUCCAGACGAUCCCCAGGGCGACGAAGUCUUUCGAGGGAGCGCGACCGCGACCGUGAAAGGAGCAAAUCGCUACGUCCAAGGGACACAGAGAGGGAAAAAUCCAGGAGGAGAGAGAGAUCCAAAAGCAGAUCCCGACGGCACAAAUCCAGAUCUAGAAGCCCCAGCCACCGGCCGCACAAGAAGAAGAAGUCUAGGCGACAUGAAGACAGCGAUUGAUUGUCUGCAGGUGAAGCCACUCUGCUAUCAGGGUGCUGGGGGGCUGCUUUUCAAUGUCGAUGUAGGCGUAACAGUAAAAAUGCUAUUUGUGUAAUAAAGCGGCAUUUCAGUAUA